AUGGCAACCAGCAAGUAUGAAUGGCUGAAACCAAACGAGACGAGCGAUACUGAUCUGGUGCAACAUCUUCCUUCCGAGAUUUGGUUUCACAUUUUUGAAUAUUUGGAAUUUGAUCAAGCGAAGAAAAUUAUUUUGAAAUUGAAUUGUCAGUUGGCUUAUCAAUUUCUCAAUGAUGAAAAUGAAUUACUCUAUCGAUAUUUAUCAAAAUGGAUCAUGAAACGGGAAUUGGAGAGUUGUAUUGUAGAAAUUAACGGACGAAUUAUAGCGAAUAGAGAUUAUUAUGAUGAAUUCAUCAUUGCUCAUACUCUACCACGCACACCAAAGAAGAGUUUUACUUGUCAUCCAAAAUCCAUGUCUCAACUACGUUCUUGUUUGAAAAAGAAAGCUCAACGAGUCAUGAACUUGUUUCCUGAUUUGUAUCUAGAAAAACUUGAAGAUAUUCAACAAGCAUGGAUCGAAUCAUUUUCUGGUAAACUUCCUCUCAAAUUAAAACCAGCACUACUGCAACAAGAUCCACCCUCUGACGACAAUUUUGAUCCAAAACAAGUGGAGCAAGAUGAUGAAACAACUAACAAUGAUCAUGUUCACAAAUUGUUUCCUCUAAAAUUUAAAUCUGGAUCUCAAAGAAAACUCAAAUGGAAAUCGAUAUGGAAUGGAGUGAACAGUGAAUAUUACAAAUCUCAAGCCAUUUCCAAUCUUGAAAGUUUGAUACAAAGUGGUACUCGGAAAAUUCGUCGCAUUACAUUUAUGGCUCAUCGCAAGAUGAGUUUAAAAUUUUCUGAAACCUUAGAACAUGUUUAUUACUUUUUAACACACAUGCCAACGAAAGAGAGACAUGAAAUUAUGUUUAACACUCGCACAUUUACUCUCAAAACUAGCUAUGAUAGCACGAGACCAUACUUGAACUCAGAUACGUUCUCAAGUAUUUGUUAUGUGGCGUACCUAAACCAAUUUAAUACCACACCAUUCGCAAAUGCUUUGGAAAAGGUGAUUUUUCUCUUCUUGGAAGAAUGUAAGACCUAUCACGGGAUACAAAACAAAUAUUGA